CAACUCUUGAGAACAGGGCAUAAUGGCUUCUAAACCCGCGAUUUUCGUUAUAAUUCUGGCGGCUCUUUUGCCAACCUUCUAUAACUUAGGACAGAAAUUAGUGUUGAUGUACAAUAAUGCGCCUAGUCGGUUUAUAAGCAUCAAUAACCUCAAGUCAUCUGAGGUAAAGUUCUCAGACACCUUUAGAAGCUGCGAAGAUAUCCUACUUGUCGAGUCCAAAGGCAUCGCUAUUUUUUCUUGUGACGCUGGACGGGAAACAUGGAACACGGUAAUGGGCAUCUUCAUUCCCGGACCGGUACCUAAUGCCGAGAUUUAUGCUUACAGCUAUGGGAAUGCCAAUACCCCAGACUCAGAGUCAUUGACUCGUUUUAAAAUUCAGGGGUACAACUCUAGCUUGGAUUUUCAUACUAUAGGCUUAGCUUACGACGAGGAAACAUCCACUCUCUUCGUUACAAACCAUCGUAAAGAGGGUAAGAGCAUCGAAUUGUUUAAGCUGGAUUUUGACACGUUCACCGCCAAUCACUUCCGAACGAUCCAACAUCCGCUUUUUCGUAGCCCGAAUUCAAUAGCUCUCCUCAACAGCCAUCAGUUUCUUGUCACAAACGACCACCACUUCCUCAUGGAAAACUCUCGCUUUCUGUCUAUGGCCGAGACUCUCCUGGGCCUCCCCCUCUCUACUGUCCUACACGUCGAUAUAUCCUCCCUCUUGGAGGACCCCGCCUCGCCCACUAGGGUUAAUAUCGUUGCUCGUCUCCCCUUCGCUAACGGCAUUGAGAUUGUAAAUGAGACCACCGUGGCUGUAGCCUCGACGACCAGCACCGCGGUGUAUUUCUACGAUAUGACAAAACCAGAUUCAAUCAAUACGACCUUGCCUACGCUAACUUAUAAAUCGAAGGUCAGCUUCCCUUUUUGGGUUGACAAUAUUCAAUUCUCGGGAGACGGAACACUAUACGCCGCUGGUCACCCCCAUCCCGCAACGCUGAAUGAGUACGCUCUUUCCCGCCACGAGUGUAGCUCGCCUGAGAAACUAGCAGCUGCGGAUGAAUCGCUCCAGAAGUACUGUAGGAAUGUAAAGGGCCUUUCUGGGGUCUCCAAAUGGACUGAGUCGGGGGGCGUCGAGCGCGUUUACUUCGAUGACAAAUUUCCCACCAGCACGACAGCGGCGUUUGACUCCAAGAGGAAAAUCGGAAUUAUCACAGGUCUAUAUACUAAGGGACUUCUCGUGUGGAGAGAAUAAAUAGUGUGAAAUUUACCUGUAGGAUAAAGGGGAAUCAUAGACGCUCUGGAGAAUUGGGUACCUAUUCUUAAGGGUUGAUCUUACAGGGGUAUACUAUAUAGAUUUAGACCAUAAAACGUGAAAUCACUGCUAUCUCUGCUAUAACAAAUCUAUCUUAGGUA